CCCGGGCCGCCCCCGGACGCCGGCCCAGGCUCCGCACCAGCGCCUCCUCGCCCUCUCGCCACCGCCUCCGCCGCCUGCCGCAGCCCUGCCCCGACGUGCCGGCCGGCCGCAGCUCUGCGCCGUCGCGGGCGCCACCAGCGGCCGCCCGGCGCCCACCCGCGCACCCCACGCAGCCCUGGCUGCUCCGCAGGCACGACCGCCCGCCGCCUCCGCCGCCCGCUCUGGGGGGCGCUCUCGCCGCCCUGCGGCUCCCGGGCCCUCGGCUGCCCGCCGGGGAGCCCGCCCCUUGCCCCCUGCCCCCGCCCGGCAGCCGGGCAGCUGUCCGUCGCGUGAGCGAGGAGCCCGUGGCGGCCAGCCUCCCGUCAGGAGGUCCCGGCUGGGCUGGGCCGAGCCCGCACGCGCCAGGGCGCCAGGGCGCCAGGGCCCGACGAGGAAGGGCAGGGGGUGCGGGGGGUCGGGUCGACGGCGGGCAGGACGGGCCCCCGCGGUCGCCCCGCGCCUCUGGCCGCACGGGGCCGGGCGGAGGGCCCUCGACGUCCCGCCGCGCCCGUCUGCCAGGCGCGCCACGUGCCCCGGGCCAGGCCCACCCGGCCCGACCCCCGGCCGCCGCGUCAGCGCGCACAGCAGUCCCCCGGCCCGACUCGGAGCGUCGCGCCCCCGGACCCGCCGCGCCCCCGCCCCCGCCCAGCCGCGCGGGGAUGGCGGGGGAGAAGACGCCCGACACGUCUCCCCUGGAGGCGUGGGUUCGAAUCCCACUCCUGACACGCCCACCUUUUGGCCCGCCCAACGCGGGCUCUCCGCACCCGGGCCUGGACGACGCCCUGUCUGUCCCGCCUUACACGCCGCUGCGGGCUGCGGGCCGGGCUGCGGGCUGCGGGCUGGCGGCGCCCUGGCUUGGCGCCCCCGCGCCCUCCCUCCCCCGCCACCUCCCGCGCCUCUCCCCCUCCUCAUCCCACGGCGGCCGCGGGCCUCGGCAACUCGGCAAGUCGGCGGCACGGCUCUCCGGGGGCUCCGUUUGCCCUCUUCCUUCCCGCCGCCGCCCCCUGCAGGCCAGCCGCGGGCCGAAAUGCCGGCAGCCCCGCGCGGGCCGGGCCACGCUCCCACUGAGGGGCGCGCCUCGCUCGCCUCCUCGCUCUCCAGCCCCGCCCUACACCUCCCCCGCCCGCCCGCCGGGAGCGCGGGGUCCCCACGGCCUGUCCUUUCCGCCGGCCCCCAUUCAUUCCGUGGUCUCCACCCCCUCCGUCCCCGGGGCGCCCACGAGGCGUGGCCACCCGGAGGCCUCACCACGGCCACACGCCCGCCAGGCGGGCAGCCGAGCCCUCCGCGCGCCAGCCAGAGACGGGACCCCCGCCCCGUUCGCUGGGCCUGGCCCGGGGGGGCGGGGUGGGGUCCACCCCGCCGUGGUGGCUCCGGGGAGCCCUGAGCGCAAGGCAGCCCUGCCUCCCCGGGCCCCCUCCGCGCCGGAAGCCGCUGCGGGCCGGGGCUCCAGGACGCCAGCGCGCUCCCUCACCGCGCCGCCCGCCAGCCAGCCAGCCGGCGGCCGCUCCGCCCAAGCGCACCUGCCGGCCUCACCCCCACCGCAGCCCAGCCGGCCCCGACGGAGAGCUGCGGGCAGAGCUCACACGCCUUUCUUUGGCCUCUUGGCUUGGGCGCUACUCGGCGGCCCCCAUCUCCGACGACGACACCGACGCCGACACGCACACACGCGCACCCACACCCCCCCCCCCACCCCGCGGCACCCCGGGAGCGCACACAAUCCGAGCUCCGGGCCCAGCCGGCCCCCGCCGGCGCGCACUGCAGGCCGGAGAGCCAUCCGCCCAUGGGCCUUCGGGGGGGCGCCGGGAGGGAAGGGAAGGUCCGCGCUGAGCUGCGCCGGCCACAGACGCCCCGCGCUGCCUGGGAAUCGGGCGCGGGUCAGGCUUGGCCAGGCUGCUCCUCCCGGCAGGACAGUGUCUGGCGGCGGCCCCCCCCCAGGGAGAGGGCGCAGGGUGAGCCGAGUCCGCCUCGGGGCCUCGCUGGGACCGUGGGCGCCGCGCGCCGGCCCGAGCCCGAGCCCGAGCCCGAGCCCGAGCCCUCGGCGCAUCUGCACGGGCGCGGAGCCUGUCUUGCAGACCGCGGGCCCGCCGCCCGCCCCCGCGCAGCGGGUGCUCACCACUGGCCGUGCCGGGACGACGACGAGCGCCGCUGGGGAAGCCGUCUGGUGGCCGCCGCCACCGCCCCGGGAUGCUCUCUAUGGCCACCUGGCCGCGGUCUCCUUCAAACACGGGCCACUCCCCACUGCUAAAGUCACCGCGAGCACCAGGUCCAUGCAGCCUAGCCAGCACCGGCGCCAGCACACCCAGCCUCGAGGGACAGCGCCACCGCCACGGCUGUCACCAGCACGUCGGGUCCACGAACGGCGGCGCACCAGCAUGGGCAUCACGGCCAAGGGCACGGAGGUCACCUCCCCCCCUCGCCCGGCCUCCACGACCCCCGCAGCACUUGGUCCACCACCAACCCCCAGGACCACCAUCCCCACACCAGCACCAGCACCAGCACCAGCACCAGGACUACCACCACCAUGCCAGAAGCAGUUGUACCAGCAGCAGCAGCAGCAGCAGCAGCAGCAGCAGCGGGACGUGCCCACCGCCAGCAGGCCAGCGUAG